CCAGGGUACGCUUAGUACUAUACUUUAAUCUCAUCUUGGUGAAAAAGGAGUUAAAAAGCAUUAUUCCUAUGCUUAGUACUAAGUUUAUCUCCAACUUGAUGCAAAGGACACAACAUUAUUUCAUAUGCUUAGUACUACGGUUUACUUUCAUCUUGGUGAAAAGGAAAACGCAUAAUUCCUAUGCUUAGUACUACGGUUUAUCUCCAGCUUGGUGCAAAGGACAUAACAUUAUUUCAUAUUCCCAGUGCUACGGUUUAUUUUCAGCUUGGUGUAAAGGCAAAUCAUCAUUUCAUGUGGUUAGCACUACGGCUUAUUUCCAUCGCAAUUUUCUCAUUGUAAAAUUACGCCUUAGACAAGUUGUGUGUGAACUUGGUGCGCAAGAAAAAACCAAAAAUGCAUAUGCCAAACUUCUGUGAACAUAAGAAUAAAAGCAAGUAACAACAAAUUCAAAUUAGAAUCAAGAAAGAAGGAAAGUGAAAAAUAAACGUGAUCUUGAAUUCCUCUUGUCCUUGAUGGCUGAAAAUGUGAAAUCAGACAUUUGGAAAGUUAAAGGAUCAGAAAGUGAAUUGUGUGGAUUUGCGGUUAUUUUUCGGGUGUAUUUAACGUGAACCGAGGUCCACAAAACACAUUAUUUUAAAAUAAUUACAAACAAAAUAUGGUUAAAAGAGGCAGCCAGGGGUGGGAGACUUGCAAGUAUGUAACUGUUAAGAUUAGAAGUAACAAGUAUGUGAAGCGAAGUGUUUUUUAUCUGUGUUCGGAGAUUAACAUGUGAACAUUGAAGUGUUUAGUGCCAGCGUUUCUCAAUCGGGGGCCCGUGGGCUUUCGAUGGGGGGGCCACGAGCGGACGCCGAAAAACUGCGAUUCAGAAUGCAGAAGCUUGUACUGUGGCUUCAAAUCUUGAAUCAAAAUAUAUAACUUUUUCACUUUUUAUGUUCUUGCUUUACUGUUUAUAUGCUAGAAUUACUGGAAUUAAGUAUUAUAUUCCAUUUAUCCUUAAUACUUUGAUUUGUUUCCUGUUUAAAUAAAAUAAAUUACUGAAAUUAGGCGCUACUAUGCUAUUUGUCAUUUCAAUAUUUAUGUUUAUUUACUGUUUAAAAGAUCUUACCUGAAACUCAUGACUUCCCGAAGUUUCUUGGCAACAAAAAAGGGGUAGAUGAGUUUAACCAUGAUUUUUUUAAAGAGAAAACGGAGCCCACAGAGCAAUCAAAAAGUAAUGAUGUAAUGGUAAUGUUAGUUGGCAACAGUCAUUUGUUUAGUGUACGUUGCGCUGGCUGUGUUUGGAUUAGCAUUAGCGGGCCUUAAACCGAAGGGCAAGGGGCCACGAUGUCAAGCGACUCACUCAGUAGAGGGGCCAUGGGCCAUCAAAGGUUGAGUAACGCUGGUAGGCUGUCUUAAGACGGAGAACGAGAGCAAGAAACGCACUGAGAAGAUAAAGCUGUGAAACAGCACUUAUGCUAGGGAGGGGAAUGCUAUCAAGGUCUUUGUCCUCCCUCGAGUGCCGGGGAGUCGUUUUUGUCACUCGCUCAGUCCUAACCUUUGAAAGGGAUAUUUGAAGAGAGAGAGAGAGAGAGAGAGAGAGAGAGAGAGAGAGAGAGACUUUUUAAGGAUUGAUAAGCUGACUGGACUGUAAUCCUUGACAUCAUUCUCUUCUUGAUUUUAGAUAGAAAGUGCAAAAAGGAAAAUAAAUCCAUUUAAGUGAAAGUCGAGACAAAACAAUGUUUUAGCCAACAUUGAUAUCGCUCUAAGGACCUGAGGCAUUAGCUAGAGAAUCUAUGAACACAUGCCAUACGAUUGUGUCUGGAAUAAGUAAACACACUUGGAAGAUAUCAGGUACCAAUACCGGAGCUUCUUUUGAUUCAUUCCGAAGCAGCACCAAGAGUAACAAAAAUAAAAAUUUCACAGACAAGCAAUAAGGAAAACAAAAUCAAAAUGGUCCAACUGAAACUAGCAACUCCGGAGCAGAUGACUCCACUGAGGAAGCGACUGGAGAAGCACUUGCCACAGGCAGCGCUGAUUCACGGCAUCCUGCUCGCUAACGAAGCAUACAAGGGUCUAUUCGACAUCGCAGCGACAAAAAUCUUUUACUCUGAACAUUCGUCGUUUGUCGUUGCUACUCCGACAAUCACAUUUGAAGGGAUUCAGUCUCUCGCGUUCUUCUGGGAAGAAAAUGAAGAUAAUGCAGAGAUGGCCGCCAUGUUAGCAACCACUCCCUCCAUCGACUGGAACGAGUCCUUAUUCAUUUACGCUUCGCCUCUGGCGCUUAUGAAAAAGCUGGAAAAGUGGAUCAACGAAGGUCCAUAGGAGAAGGAUUCCUCAAGUCAGUGGAGAUUACCCACACUUAUUAUUAUUCAUUGACCUCUCCUCUUCCCUCAACGGAGAUAAGCCUCCCGGAUGGCUACGAAAUCAGAGUACUCGGAAG